CCUCAGAGCUCAGUGAUGUUAGCUUUGAGUCACUACAACUCCUCAGCCUCCCCGUUCCUCCCUCCUUUCUCUAAUGGCAGCGGAGAGAUGGUGGAGGCCAGGGUGUUUGUUGAAGGGCUGUCGCAGCAGGGGAACUACACCUUGGUGCAACCCACCACCAGCGGCAUCAUUGUGGUUGUACUAUCCAUGACUUUGGGCAUCAUCUCCAACAUUGUGGCCCUCUUCAUCCUGGCUAACGCCUACUCCCUCCAGCGCCGGCGCUCCAAAGCCACGUUCCUUCUCUUUGCUACUUCACUGGUGAUCACGGACUUCAUUGGACACUUGAUCCCAGGUGCCCUGGUUCUGAGACUCUACCUCUUUGGAGGUGUACGCCCGGAGGACUUUAACACGUCUGAUGGGAUGUGCCAGUUCCUGGGUGGCAGCAUGGUGUUCUUUGGCCUGUGCCCACUCUUCAUGGGCUGCGCCAUGGCUGCUGAGCGCUGCCUGGGUGUCACUAAGCCGCUGCUGCACUCAUCUCUGGUCACCACAACCCGCACUAAAAUAUGCCUCUCUGUCAUUUGGCUGGCAGCUCUGUGCGUGGCCAUGCUGCCAUGUUUUCAGCUGGGCUCUUACGCCUACCAGGACCCAGGGACCUGGUGUUUCAUUAAAGUGCUCAGUGACACUGAGGCAGUGGAUGUAGCAUUUGUGGUGCUCUUCUCUGGACUUGGUCUGACCUCCCUGGCUGUGGCGCUGGUGUGUAACACCAUCAGCGGACUGACGCUGGUGCUUGCUCGGCUCAGGAGGAAGCCCGGCUCUCAUCAUUCAGCCAGGUCCCACGACAUAGAGAUGGUGGUGCAGCUGGUGGGGAUCAUGGUCACCUCAUGUAUCUGCUGGAGCCCUCUGCUGGUCUUUGGCCUGAUGUCCGUGAUCCGCUCCUACACAGGAUCCAUUGGAGAAAACCUGUCCAACUAUAAAAUGCUGAUGGUGAUGGGUGUGAGACUGGCCACUUGGAACCAGAUCCUCGACCCCUGGGUCUACAUUCUGCUGCGUCGCACCGUACUCCGAAAAAUCUACCUCAUCGCUAAGUGCCAGGCGGGCCUUAGGGGUAAUAUAUUAAGCCGGUGGGAGCCCACGUCCUUUCCCAGCUCAGAGAAAAAGGACGUCAGCCAAGUCUGAGCUGAAAGGAAGACUGAUGUAGUACGCUGAGGCUGUACUGCAUCACCAAGUCACUGAACAUAUGUAGGACUCAGAGUGCCAGGAGAGAUCCACAAAGAAGCAGGUGGAGGGAACAAACUCUGUGGCUGUAAUGGCAGGGUUGAUCAGAUUUUGCAGUUUGACAUUUCUGGGCUGGUCCAUCUUUAGAAAUGUUUAAUGGAUACUAUCAAAAUAUCUAUUUCAUACUCCAUCAACGUUUACCUAUGAGUUCAUUUUCUGAGCUUAGAAAUGGAAGCUAGCUAAUGCUGUGAUUUUGCACAAAGUAUCAUACAUUUUCUACUGUUUAGUUAUAAUAAGUGAGCAUUCCUUUCUGCAUGUAUCUCAUGUGGACUACGGUCAUCCAUGUAAACCUUUUAAUGGUAAAGGGCAGAGAUGAUGUAGGCAAUGUGAACGCAGCACUAAACAUAUUCUUCCCUGAGAAACUCAAAGAGUGUUACAUUUAGAGGGACAGAGGAUUAUUUGGUUUUAUUUCUCAGUGUUAAGAAAAACGUUUGACUUGCUCUUAAAUUCGAUGAAUGUGGAAGAACUGAGCUAUAUCAGUAAAACCAUCAGAGGGAGCUCCAGAGUAAACCCUAUCAGUAUUUAGAGUGUAUUUGUAAUGUAAAGUACUCAGCUGAAUGUAUUUCAUUAAGGAAGGCCAAUGUUCAAUUACUGUGGAGUUUAUACAUGUUUAAUUAUGCUUAAAUAUGCUGUGUUUAUACAGUGCUUUAUGUGAAAUAAUGUAAGAUUUUAUAAGUUAAUACUUGAAUUGUACCCUCAAUUUACUGAGGACAUGUAAAGAAUGUAAAUAAAGCAAUGCAA